UUUGUCUUAAAUACAUUAAUAGUAAGAGGAAUAAAUAUUGGCAAUUAAGCGACCAAAAUAUUGACAAUUAAGUGCUGUUGUCAUUAAAUACCGGUAUUCCCAGUUUAAGAAAAAAACGCAUGAAGAAAAAUUUCCAAAUAAAACUUACGAAACUUUUUCCACUUUAAAGAGCGUUUUACGUAAGACUAACUUCGUUAUGUAAAUUUAUUGAGGGUUUUCCCGUAAACUUUUAAUAUAAGACUAACGUUCACAACAAUUGCCGCUUAUUUACAUUUGAUGUGUCAGUAUUUUAUCACGGUAUCAGUAGGCCUAUAGUUAAAGCUUACAGAAAGGUGCGGAAAACCAGUUAAUGAAGAUUUGAUGUAAACAAAGCUAAACAUGUUACUUUUUGGAACUACAUUUGUUAUCUUCAUUUCGUUACUGAAUAUAUUUCAUGAAGUUAGUGCCUUACCAACAUUUUCGGAUGUUUCUACACCAGCAGAGAUAUCCGUGACCACAGCGGAUAAACAUGAAGCAGUAUCAACAUCUUCAAUUACUUUAACUAUACAGGUUUCGGACACGACAUCAAUAGACACUGCUUCAAUAAACAUAACAGUUCCAGAUGACCCUUGUACACCAAACCCGUGCCAGAACUCGGGCACGUGCAGCCAGUCUGGAACAUCUUAUACAUGUACUUGUCAGAGUUUCUGGAUAGGGUUGAACUGCACAAAAGAAGACAGGUCAGAUGAAACUGAAAUACCGGAUGACAUUAUAAUAGCAAUCGGCUUCACUAUGUUAUGUCUUAUCUUACUUACAUCCGCCGCAAUUUAUGGCUUUUAUAAAUACUGCAAACCUCGGAAUAGAGUCAAUCCGAUAAAGGGGGAAGACAUGUACUCCAAAGAUUGUCGUGAACGGAAAGGUGAUAUUGAACAAGAGAUAUCUAGAGAAUCUCAGAAUCAUAAAGAAAAGGACGUGGAGAGGAAAAACGAAAAUAAGCAUGCCACGAAACCUAGAAAUAAAAAUUCUUUAAAAAAUACAAGUUCUGUGGUAUCAAAGUAUCAAAAUUUCAUUGGACAAAUUAUAAAAAAAAUAUUGAAAAAACAAUGAACAAAGAACGGCUGAAUAGAUGGGCUGGAUUCUGUUAUCGUCACAUUAUGUAUUGUUAUUAAAAAUAUGUCUUUUUAUCAGUCUUAUUAUCAUGGAUUGUUAUAUGAUCAUAUAAAGCAGCAGGUCUACUCCAGAUGGUAAAAUAGAAAAUAGAAGAAAGAAGUUUCUAAUGAAAGGUAAAUACUGGCCUAUUUGGUAUAAUGCGAAAAUUCUUUAUAAUCAACCUCUUAAUUGAAAAGGUUAA